GAAAGGAUUUUAUUUUGUUCGGUUUUGGAUUAGUGAUUUUCGUUCUGUAUAUUGGGAUUGAGUAUUUUAAUUGCGUGUUUGGUGAAUCCGGUUUAAGUUCAAAUUGGGAUCCUCUUCGAGGAUUUGGAUUGAAAGCGGGAGUUUUUAGUAAUUGGGCCAUUGUGGAGAGAGAUUGGGCAAUUGGAGAUAGGGAUUUGGAUUCAGAUAGAAAAGCUUCGUGGGUGCUGGUUCAAGGGCUUGGAAUUUGGUUUCCGUGGAUUUGGAUUUGAACUGGGAGAGGUAUAUAGUCAGUUUUUGAAAUAGGUUUCUUAUUUUUGUUUUUCUUUGGAUUCAAAUUGGCAAAGUGAGCACUAUAGUGCAGCCCCAUGUGGUUGUUGAAACAGGUCUUGGUGGGAUUUGGGCAGCAAUAAUGUUUGUGAUUGGUGUCGAGUGUCUGGAAUUGAGGUUUUAUUCAUUUAUUUAUUUAUUUUUGUAAAUUUUGUGUAUUUGGGGUAUGAUUCAGAUACUUCGGAAUAUAAUUGGUAGAGUGGCUGGUUUAGGGGAUUAGCCAUUGAAUUUUGAGGGUGACCAAUGAGAACUUCACAAUGAGUGUGCUCUGGAGGGUUCGUUUUCAAUGGGAACCCCCAACAAGAGUAUCUCCAAGUUUGUCGACACAGUGAAAUCCUGGUUCCCUUGCAGGACGGAACCAUCCAAUGUAUCAAGGGACUUUUGGAUGCCCGACCAUAGCUGUAGGGUAUGUUACGAAUGUGAUUCGCAAUUCACAAUCUUCAACCGCAGACACCACUGCCGUCUUUGUGGACGCAUUUUCUGUGCAAAGUGUACUGCAAACUCGAUCCCCACUCGGUGUGGUGACCUGAAGAGAAGCUGGGAAGAAUGGGAGAGGGUUCGGGUCUGCAACUUUUGUUUCAAGCAAUGGGAACAGGAGAUAGCGGCAGUCAAUAAUGCGUCAGGUCUCAGUGUUUUGCCUUCUGUGACAAGUUUGGCUAGUCCCAAGUCUGCUGGUGCUAACAGCACCAACAAUGUUGGCUCUUCGAAGUCUUAUUUGACUGUGCCGUAUCAACGUAUGCAAUGCAGUUCUGACCUUAGUCCGAGUCAAGCUCCCAGAAUAGAACCUUGUCCUGAUAAGCAACACAUGCUAAGGUCUGGCAUGAGCAUUGAUUCUGUUACAGAGAAAGGAUCUUCCUCGUCCAACCAAUAUAGGUUUUGCAUGAACAGGAGUGAUGAUGAGGAUGAUGAAUACAGUGUGUAUCAUUUGGAUGCGGAAACAAGGGGAUUUCAACAGUCCGAAAACUACUAUGGCCCGGUUGAGUUUGAUAAUAUUGACCAUGCAUAUAUAUCACACACAGUUCAUUCUGAUGAAGGAAACAUUACUGUUAAUGAUUCGAGUUCUCCAAGACUUGAGAGUACGGAUUCACAAGCUUCAAUGCCAGUUGAGAAGCUUGAGGAAGAAGAAGAAGGACACGAUAAUAGUGAGGAGUGUGAUGCUGCAUCAUCUAUAUAUGGUGCAGAGAGUACAGAUGCCGAGCCUGUGGAUUUUGAGAAUAAUGGACUGCUUUGGCUCCCUCCCGAGCCAGAAGAUGAAGAGGAUGAGAGAGAAGCUGUUCUAUGCGACGAUGAUGACGAUGAGUAUUCUAUGGGAGAGUGGAAAAAUCUACGUUCCUCGAGCAGCUUUGGCAGUGGCGAGUACCGAAGCAGAGAUCGAUCAGGUGAAGAGCAGACAAAGGCCUUGAAGGAUGUUGUUGGUGGACAUUUCAGGGCAUUGGUAGCUCAACUUUUGCAGGUUGAGAAUCUUCUGGGGUGUGAAGAAGAUGACGAAGAGAGUUGGUUGGAUAUAAUUACAUCUUUGUCAUGGGGGGCAGCAACUCUCCUUAAGCCAGACAUGAGCAAGGGAGGAGGAAUGGAUCCUGGUGGAUAUGUGAAGGUUAAGUGCAUAGCCUGUGGGCAUCGCAGUGAGAGCAAGGUGGUGAAAGGAGUUGUUUGUAAGAAGAAUGUAGCACACAGGCGCAUGAAAUCAAAAAUGAAAGGUCCCCGUUUCCUAAUUCUCGGAGGAGCUCUUGAAUACCAGCGAGUUACAAACCUCCUAUCAAGCUUUGAUACUCUACUGCAGCAGGAAAUGGAUCAUCUAAAGAUGGCAGUUGCGAAGAUAGAUGCUCAUCAGCCUGAUGUCCUUCUGGUAGAAAAAUCAGUUUCUCGUCAUGCCCAAGAAUAUCUGCUUGCGAAGGACAUAUCACUUGUUCUGAAUAUUAAGCGUCCUCUAUUGGAGCGUAUAGCCCGCUGCACUGGUGCACAGAUCGUCCCUUCUAUUGAUCAUCUGUCAUCGCAGAAGCUGGGGAACUGUGAAACGCUUCAUGUGGAGAAGUUUUUCGAAGAGCAUGGCAGUGCUGGUCAGGGUGGUAAAAAAUUGUUAAAAACAUUGAUGUUUUUUGAGGGCUGCCCCAAGCCAUUGGGUUGUACUGUGUUGCUCAAGGGUGCCAAUGGUGAUGAGCUGAAGAAAGUGAAACAUGUUAUCCAAUAUGGAGUCUUUGCAGCCUAUCACUUGGCUCUAGAAACUUCUUUUCUCGCAGAUGAAGGUGCUACUCUUCCAGAACUUCCGUUGAAAUCCCCGAUAACAGUUGCAUUGCCAGAUAAACCAUCCAGUGUCGAUAGAUCCAUUUCCACUGUACCUGGUUUUCCACUUCCUACUGCUGGCAAAAUGCAACCCAAUGGGGAUGUCGAAAGACCUGACGGAGUCCUUACAUCAGAUCUGUCAUUACCAUCAGCCAACCAGUCCAUAAACAAAGUGGAGGUGAAUGUAAUGCCGAGUGCAUCUAAAGGUUCAAACUCUCAGAUGACCGAGAAUGGUAACCAUGUUCAUCUCGCAGAACCUCUAAGCCCGGGUCCUUUGUCUCCCUUGUUUCUUUCAGGACAAUCAAUCUCGAGACCGUACCAUGAAUAUUCCCAAUUUUAUGCAUUUGAAUAUAAGAAUGAAGUGCAUUUUGGAGAGCCUUACGAGGUGAAAGAUUUUGCAACCAACAGUCAGGCCAUUUCUGGAUAUUGUAAUUUCUCCACUAAUGGUUCUAUGGUUCAGGACAGCUCGGAGGGAAUUGGGGCUGCUAAUGAUACUGAUAUUGAUGAAAGAAAGAUGGUCGGAAGCCAAUUAGGUUUGUUGGAUCUGAGCUCACUCCAUCAAGAUAAUAACCGUUAUGAGGACCAAGCCUCAGUCAAGGAAGAGUUUCCUCCAUCACCCUCCGACCAUCAGAGCAUUCUGGUUUCUCUAUCCACACGGUGUGUGUGGAAAGGGACUGUAUGCGAGCGUGCACAUCUCUUCCGCAUCAAAUACUACGGCAGCUUUGACAUGCCUUUGGGGCGGUUUUUACGCGACCAGUUAUUUGAUCUGACUUUCCAGUGUCAUUCAUGUGAGAUGCCUACAGAAGCACAUGUACAUUGUUACACUCAUCGGCAAGGCAGCCUAACGAUAUCUGUUAAAAAGCUCCCGGAGAUUUUCUUACCUGGAGAACGUGAUGGCAAGAUCUGGAUGUGGCACAGGUGCCUGCAGUGUCCUCGAACUCAUGGGUUUCCGCCAGCAACUCGGAGAAUAGUGAUGUCUGAUGCUGCAUGGGGUUUGUCCUUUGGUAAAUUUCUGGAGCUCAGCUUUUCAAAUCAUGCUGCUGCCAGCAGGGUUGCUAGCUGUGGUCAUUCACUACACAGAGACUGUCUUCGCUUCUAUGGGUUUGGCAAAAUGGUUGCUUGUUUUCGGUAUGCAUCUAUUGAAAUUUACUCUGUUUACCUGCCACCAUCCAAACUCGAGUUUGACUUCCAGCGUCAGGAGUGGAUACAGAAAGCAGCAAAUGAGGUGGCCAACAAGGCAGAACUUCUGUUUGCCGAGUUAUCUAAUGCUCUGCGCCAAAUUGCAGAGAAAAGAUCAGGCACUGGGUUUCUUAACAGUGACGUGAAAGUCUCGGAAUCAAGACAUGCCAUUUCAGAAGUGGAAGUAAUGCUGCAAAAGGCUAAGGCAGCAUUUGAGGAGUCUCUCGAGAAAACACUGAAUAAGGAGGUGACAAUGGGGCAGCCAAUCCUUGAUAUUCUUGAAAUCAAUCGAUUGCGGAGACAGCUGCUACUCCAAUCAUCCGCGGGGGACCAUUGCUUGAUCCUUACUGCUGGUAUGGACAGUGGCCUUCAUGAGGAAACGAGCAGCUCCAUUGGAAAACAAGAGAAGCCCGGUUCUAUCGAGAAGCCCGUGGAGAUGAAUUUGGCUUGCAAGCCAAAUAGGAGUUUGACCAGUAGUGAGUUUCUUCUCCCGGAUCCUAGUUCCAACAGGACCCAUCUAACUGAUAAUUGCAGAAGACUCAGUGAGCAGGAUCAUAAUCAUGGACAGGGAAUGCUUGGGUGCCAUUCUACUAGCUUAAGUAACAGGAAUCAACUCACAGAGUCAGGUGAUGUUUUUCGUAGAACUCUAUCCGAGGGGCAGUUUCCAAUUAUGGCUGAUUUGUCAGAUAAGUUAGAUGCAGCAUGGACUGGUGAAAAUCAUGCUGGGAGUACAACGCCGCGGGAAAAUGGCUCUGCAGUUCCCAAUUUACCCAUGAUUGAUUCAGCUGAAGCUGUGGUGGCUAUGUCUGAACUGGGAGAACAUUCUUGCGACGGAGAUGACAGGGGGGAAGUGAAGUUGGCUCAAUCUCGCAUGUCCAUGCCUGUCAAGCGAGCCGACCCUGUGGAUGACAUCACAAGCUGGAUCAGCAAGAAUUCGGGGGGCAGUGCUCCCAGAUUCAAUUCCCAUGUUGAGUAUAAUCCCGUGUAUUUGUUUUCACUACGGGAGUUGGACCAGCAAUGUGGAGUGAGGCUGCGGUUUCCAGUGGGAGUGAAUGGGACUGUAGUGCCAGUUUAUGAUGAUGAACCAACUAGUAUUAUUUCAUAUGCACUGGCUUCAUUCGACUAUCAUAUUCAGAUAUCCGACGAGCGGGCGAGGCUAAAAGAUAGUGGAGAUUCUUCAAUUUCUUUGCCGCUUUAUGAUCCAGGGAGUUGUCACUCUUUUCAGUCAUUUGAUGAGACUUCCUCUGAAUCUUUUCGGUCUCUUGGGUCCAUAGAGGAUAGCUUAUUGUUAAUAUCAGGGAGCAGGAGCUCUCUGGUUUCAGACCCACUUUUCCAUACCAACGGAAUGCCUGUCAGAGUUUCUUUUGCUGAUGAGUUGGGGAAAAUGAAAUAUUCUGUUACUUGUUACUAUGCAAAGCAUUUCGAUGCUUUGAGGAGAACUUGCUGCCCAUGUGAGCUUGAUUUUGUAAGGUCCCUUAGUCGCUGUAAGAAAUGGGGGGCACAGGGUGGGAAGAGCAACGUCUUUUUUGCAAAAACCUUGGAUGAUAGGUUUAUCAUCAAACAGGUCACAAAAACGGAGCUAGAAUCAUUUAUCAAGUUUGCUCCGGAGUAUUUUAAAUAUCUCUCUGAGUCGAUUGGUACAAGAAGUCCUACAUGCUUGGCAAAGAUUCUGGGAAUUUAUCAGGUUACAUCAAAGCAGCUGAAAGGAGGCAAGGAGUCAAAGAUGGAUGUUUUGGUUAUGGAGAAUCUUUUGUUCAGACGGAACGUAUCAAGGCUUUACGACCUCAAGGGAUCUUCACGAUCACGGUAUAAUCCGGAUUCAAGUGGGGCCAAUAAAGUUCUUCUAGAUCAGAACUUGAUUGAAGCGAUGCCAACUUCUCCAAUUUUUGUGGGGAAUAAGGCAAAGCGGUUGUUGGAAAGAGCUGUUUGGAAUGAUACUUCUUUUCUUGCGUCAAUUGAUGUAAUGGAUUAUUCAUUACUGGUGGGGGUGGAUGAGGAGAAGCAUGAGCUGGUUCUGGGGAUAAUCGAUUUCAUGAGGCAGUACACGUGGGACAAGCACUUGGAGACAUGGGUGAAGGCUUCAGGCAUCUUGGGCGGCCCAAAAAACGCAUCUCCAACUGUGAUUUCACCCAUGCAAUACAAGAAGAGGUUCAGGAAAGCAAUGUCCGCAUAUUUUCUUAUGGUCCCAGAUAAUUGGUUGCCUCCUACCAUCAUCCCCGACAGUGUAGUAUCUGACCUCACUGAAGAAAAUUCCCAGGGCCUCUCUCAAGAAUAAUGUUGUCCUCCAUGCCUGUAUAUGUUGGUGGGAACCUCAGAUCUUAGUCCUCUCGAGCUGCAGCACCCUUCUCAACAAUAUCUUCAAGAAGCCGGGUUGCUUGAAGGAAAUCAAGAAUUUGGAAAUGCUGAGGCAAGCUGAAAGGUAUAAGAUAAAGUAAAAUAAGGC